AUGGUGACAAGGUUUGCUAGAAAACGCAACACCUUCUCCUCCAGCGACUGCUUUACAGAUCUGUACACAGCCCCUGACUCCUGCCAGGGGCGCUGCGAGGAGCCCUACAACGGGGAGGAUGAGUGCCACUGCAACGCCGAGUGCGAGAGGUACCGCAGCUGCUGCGAGGACUACUAUAUCUACUGCAGCCCAGAAGGUUUCUCCAGCAGCCACGAUGCCAUCACGGAUGAGGACCUCCUGCACAUCUCGGAGCAGCUUUACAAGGCGGAUCACAACAAAGCCCAGCCAACGGACAUCAUCCUUAACCCGCAGCACCAGGUUUCGCCAGACCAGACAGGAGACCAGGAAGACCAUUCCCCCGAGCCGCUCUACCAAUAUGUCAAUGAGAAGCUCUUCUCCAAGCCGACCUAUGCUAGCUUCAUUAAACUGCUGGACAAUUACCAGAGGGCAACGGGCAGGGAGGAGGAUGUCACAGCAGAAGAGCUGAAGGAGCAGGACAACUUCCUCAAGGAGGUGAUGAAAACUGAGCUCAUGAAGAAGCUCUUCACUUUCCUCCACAAAAAAAACCGCUACGACUCUGAGCAGGAGUUCGUUGCUGAUUUGAAGGAGAUGUGGUUCGGCCUCUACUCCAGAGGCAACGGCGAGCAGGACUCCAGCGGCUUUGAGCACGUCUUCUCAGGGGAAGUGAAAAAAGGGAAAGUGUCUGGAUUUCACAACUGGAUUCGCUUCUACCUUCUCGAAAAGCAGGGCCUCGUUGACUACUUCAGCUACAGCUAUAAUGGGCCGUGGAACACCUAUCCCGAUGUGCUGGGGAUGCAGUUCAACUGGGAUGGCUUUUACAAGGAGGUGGGCUCCGCGUUCAUCGGCUCCAGCCCGGAGUUUGAGUUUGGCCUCUAUUCUCUGUGCUUCAUCGCUCGGCCUGGAAGGGCAUGCCACCUGAGCCUGGGUGGCCACCGCCUGAGCAUCCAGACCUACACCUGGACCAAGUCCACGUAUGGAAACGGCAGGAAUUACAUCGCCACUGCCUACGUGAUCUCGCCCUGA